AUGAUGUUUCGUUAUAUCGUUCUGUUUCUGUUACCUAUUGCUAUUCGGUGCGAAAACGCGUCCAAUUCAAGCAACACGUCGGAACUGCAUAUCUUGGUCAUCUCUCCAUUUCAACAUGUCCUUUCCUUAUUUAAAUCGGACAUUGUGGAUAAACUGAUGAAUGCUAAUCAUUCAUCUUCCGAUCUACCUGAUGAACUUCACUGUACAAUUCAAGAAAUACAAUCGAGCCUUCAACAAACAACCUUGGCUAAUCAACGACUUUUCAAUCAAGCUGCUCUUCACGUCAGUGACGCCCUUGAAUCAAUUUCGCGAAUGGAAAAUGAAACUACAGAGACCGAAAUCUUAUUGAAUGAAUUGAACACGACGGUUGAAACUGCUAAAGAAGAUGUUCGACUUGCAGAAAUAGCAGCGAAAAAAGCGGUUGAACUUUUUUCAUAUGCGAUUGACACAUAUCGAGCUAUUAUGUAUAGAAAUCGUUAUCGAGAGAAUGAUUACGGAGGAGAUUACCAAUUCGGUAGAUAUAACGGCCAACAUCAUUUUGGUGGAUAUAGCGGUGGAAAUCGUUUUCCGUUUCACACAGGUUUACAUAGCAGAGGAACUAAUUGUCAUUUUGACGUCAGACACGACUCACUGUAUAAGGCUAAUGCAAAAGCAAUGCACGAAGCUGACGACAAACUAAAGAAGCAACAGGUGCAGUUAAAAAAUGAACUUGUAAAGUACAGGUCAAUGGAAUCGCAGUUGAGAAAUAUUUCAGAACAAGUAAUGGAGCUAAACACAACCUUACAAGAACAGCAAACAAUAAAAAUUAUGACCGAAGCACUUAACGAGGACUUUCAAAUGGUUGCUAACCGUCUUAAGCCGUUUUCAUCUUCGUCAAAAAGACUUCUCGACGUACUCAUGUACAUUUUGGACUAUCAAUCCAUUGUCGAACUGUUCAAUUCGGCCUAUAACAAGUUACUUACUGCAAGUACGAUAGAAUCAACCGAUUUAGAACUCUCCAGAGAAAUGAUGAAUAAGACCAAACAAAAAUUGAUCUAUCUCUCGGCAAAAUUACCUCGAAUGCGGUACCGUCGAAAGCAAUUUCAUCGGCUAUGUGCACAUCACUCAUCCAAAUCAGCUCGUAAUUAA